CUUAACGUUUUACGUGUGUUGUCGUGUUUAAUUUGAAUAUAAAAGAUUUUAUUCCCCUGUUUAAAAAACACGUAGCAUAUCUUUUUAUAUAUAUAUAAAGAAGAAGUGAGAAUCGCAGCCUGAAGAUGCGGUUAAUAGAAGUUUACCGGCACCAAACAUCACGAGCUUAGCGAUGUUUUCAAAUCGCUCUGCUUCAAAGAAUUCAUGUGCAACAAUUGUUUUGAUUGGGCUCAAUAAACGGUGUACAUAAUGCGAAUCAACUUACGUAAAUUCAUCAUAAUAGGUUGUUGUUUAGGAUUAUUAUGGCUUAUUGCAUCCUACUCAUCGUUUAUACAAAUGCCAGUGUCCGGCUCCAAACACAGCUUAAAGGAUUUAGAAAAUAAAAUAGAUGAACUGCAAGAGAAAUUGCAAUACCAAAUUAGUGAUAGUAAUAAUUUAUUAGCUAAGUUAAGACAGCAAUUGAAAAAGACUGAAAAACAAAAGUUAGACUACCAAAAUUCCAAUGAAGAUGAUGUUGAUAUUCAGCGACGUAUCACCAACCCUAUUCUACCAAUAUUGGUUAUAGCCUGUGACAGAGUGACGGUGAAAAGAUGUUUGGAAAAGCUGGUAGAUUACAGACCAAACAAAGAUACCUUUCCAAUUAUUAUAAGCCAAGACUGUGGUCACAAUGCAACAUACCAAGUCAUCAAAUCCUUUACUGAGAAUGACCCAUCAGUGACGGUUGUGCAGCAACCAGACCUAUCAGAGAUUGCUCUGCCCAAAGAAGCUAUUAAGUUCAAGGGUUACUACAAAAUCUCCAGGCACUAUCGUUUUGCCUUAAACCAUGUUUUUAAAACAUUAAAGCAUGAUGCUGUUAUAAUUGUUGAAGAUGAUCUGGACAUCGCUCCUGACUUCUAUGAUUACUUCCUCGGAACUUACCCUCUUUUGUACAAAGAUCGGAGCAUUUGGUGCAUAUCAGCGUGGAACGACAACGGCAAGAGGCAGCUGAUAGACUCAAGCCGGCCGGAACUUCUGCACCGCACAGACUUCUUCCCCGGCCUGGGCUGGGUGCUGCGGAGAGAGACCUGGCUGCAGCUAGAGCCUAAAUGGCCUCAAGCAUAUUUCGACGACUGGCUGCGCGACCCGGAAAACACUCAAGGUCGCUCCUGCAUCCGACCUGAAAUAUCCCGGACAUACAACUUUGGGAAGGUUGGCGUCAGCAAGGGCCUGUUCUUUGACCGGCACCUAAAGUCCAUGAAACUGAACAUGGAUCCUGUGGAUUUCACCAAACUGAACCUUACCUACUUGAUUAAAGACAUAUACGACGAUCAGCUGACGUCGCUGGUAUACUCGCUGCCGGAGGCCCUGCCAGAGGACGUGAUCACCGGCUCGCUGACACACAACACGGUCCGCGUGACCUACACCUCCGCCAAGACGUACCAGCGGGCUGCCAAGAAGAUGGGGCUCAUGGAUGAUUUUAGAAGUGGCAUCCCCAGGACUGCGUAUCGUGGCAUUGUGACGUGCUUCAUCCGCGGCCGGCGCGUGUACCUCGCGCCCAGCGAGCCCUGGACGCACUAUGACCCGCACUGGGGCAGAUAAGACCAUAGACUAUAAUGCCUAGUAUCUAUAUUGUCUAUACUUCUAUGUAUAUAUUUAUACUUCUGUAAUAUUAUAAAA